UGAACUGCCAGUAGUCCCCAAUCCGCCGCCCAGUGUGGUCGCGUUUCCGUCUACCCAUCGAAGUCGCGUCGCUUAUCCUCCGGCUGCCCUGCCUCAAGCUCAAGCUAACUCGUCGCAGAGAAAGAAACAAAGGCGCAGAAAUAAAUUGAAUCGCGUAAUCGACGCACACGCCGACGACAACAAAAAGAGCGAUAAAAAAGAAACAAGGUAGAGAGAGAGAUCAAAACAAAACGAGCAAUAAAUCUGGAAGAAUGCGUGCCAGAAACGCAUAAAGGGAAGCAAAGACAAAGACAGAGACCACAAACAGAGAACGAGAGAGACAUAGAGAGAGAGAGAGACAGACAGAGAGAGAGAGAAAGAGGAGUAACACUUGAACAACAAUAAACCAUAACAGCACUCAUAAGAAAUACAGCCGAUCCGAUCAGAUCCAUUCCCAUACCCAUUCCCAUUCCGAGUCCCACUUUGGUGCGGUAGGUAAUGACACAUUCGGAAGGCUCGGCACGUUCCUAGACGCCUUCGAGCGAGUGGAGCAUAAAUCAGAGCCAUCAGAUCCAUCAGAUCCGAGAAGCCAGACCCACACCGUACCACCAACGGCGUAUAUCUAUGAAUAAAUGUAUAUGCGUGUCCCAAGGAGGAAUUAAAUAACAAUAAACGAAUCAAUUCGAAAUUCAAAAGCCAUGGAUCAGGCGCGCACCCUCCUCGCCAGGCAGUCCAAAGAUGUGGAAUUCCAAGAUGUCUUCUACACGGUCAAGGAGCGGACCAAUUUCUUGCGCGUAACUCGGGAGCGACAAAUUUUGAACGGCGUCAGCGGAAGUUUCCGAAACGGCCAGCUGUCGGCCAUCAUGGGACCCUCGGGAGCUGGAAAAAGCAGUUUGCUGAAUGCGAUUUCGGGUUUCAGGCGCGACGGCGUUACGGGGUGCAUCAAGAUGAAACGGGAUAAUGCCUGCUACAUCACUCAGGACGACCAUCAUCAGACCCUGCUGACCGUCGAGGAAUUGAUGAACCUCUCGUGCGACCUCAAGCUAAAGCAGCGCCACAGGAAGGCCGAGGUGCUGACAGAGAUCCUCGAGAAUCUCAACCUGAACCACCGCCGCAACGUGACGGCGGAGAAACUGAGCGGCGGGGAGCGUAAGCGGCUCUCCAUUGCCCUAGAGCUGGUGGACAACCCGAACAUAUUCUUCCUAGACGAGCCCACCAGCGGGCUGGACGAGGUGACGGCGGCCCAGUGCAUCCGACUGCUGCGUGGCAUGGCCCGCGAGGGACGCACCAUCGUCUGCACCAUCCACCAGCCCUCCGCCACGAUCUACAACUGCUUCGACAGCAUAUACGUGCUGGCUAAGGGACACUGCGUCUAUCAGGGCAGUCCCCGGGCCACCAUUCCAUUUCUGCGCCUAGCCCAGCUGGACUGCCCGCGCAACUACAGCCCCUCUGACUACAUCAUCGAACUGGUCGACGCAGAGGACGGGCACCUGGUGCCGGCGCUCAGCGAGCUCACCGAGAAUGGCAAGCUCAUCUACGUGGCCAGCCAGGCGGACAUCGUUAAUCCACACCUGGAGUCGCAGCAGGCUGUCACCACGCUGUUUGUGGAGCAGCCGAAGCGUCCACUCCUGCCCACAAUCUUCGCCGGCAGCGCCGUCUCCACCGAUGGCACUUUGAUGAACGGCGCCAGUGCAUUGCUGGAGCAGAUGAAGGCCUUCUCGCGACGCAUGCACAACGGGCGUCGUGAUAUCUCCGGGGUGCGGCAGUUCGUGGUGCUGAUACGGAUCAUGAUGCUGCGCAUAAUGCGCGCCCGCCUGGCCCUGACCAUCCAGCUGUUCCACCACCUGCUCUGCGGCCUCUUCUUUGGGAUGAUAUUCUUUCAGCUGGGCAACCAGGGGGCGCGCAUGUUCGAUCAUCUCAAGUUCUGCAUUGGCGCCGUCCUCAUGAUUGUCUACACCCAGGUGAUGGUGCCCAUCCUUAGCUAUCCCGCCGAGGUUAAGGUGGUUAAGAAGGAGACGUUCAAUCGAUGGUACACGCUGACGCCCUACUAUAUGGCGCUGACCAUCUCGCGCCUGCCGCUCCAGGUGCUGCUGAACAUCACCUUUAUGAUGGUCACCUACUGGAUGUCCGGGCUGCCGGAUCAGAUCUGGCGAUUCGGCAUCUUCGUCGCAGUCGGCCUCAUGAUCUCCCUGGUGGCCGAGGGCAUGGGCCUGGCCAUUGGGGCCACCUUCAGCAUAACAAACGGCAGCGUCGUGGGUCCCAUGAUGAUUGCCCCGCUGAUGGGACUGGCCGUGUACGGCUUCGACUUUGCUCCCCAAAUCACAGGCGCCAUGAAUCUGCUGAUGAAGUUCAGCUAUGUGCGCGUCGGAGUGGUUGCCAUGAUCCUGGCCGUGUUCGGGUUCCAGCGCGAGGAUCUGGACUGCGACGAUAUCUAUUGCCACUUCAGCGAUCCGCGCGUGCUGCUCAAGUUUCUCGAUGUAGAGAAGGUCUCUCUAAUGCACCAGUUCGGCAUACUGGCAAUGCUGAUGCUCUUCUUCCGCAUCCUCAUGUACAUCAGCCUGCGCAAGCGCUGCUACGCCUGAACACAGCCACGAUCCUCGGGCCACGGGGCCCAGGGCACUGAUGAAUCUUAUUCCCUUUGUAGUUGUAGCCAAUGUCAACGCUGUGAUUGUUCGAUUUAUGAAUGCUUCCAUGUAUAUUGUAUAUAUUAUGUACGGCCGGGCAUGUACUCCCUGUCCACUGCUCAUCCAUUGCAAAUUGUGGUGCGAGUAUUUUAACCCUUGACAAGACAAAUUUUAGAUCUAAGUUUAUGUAGCUCUAAGCAGUUAGGAUUACAGCCUCACCUUGCUCCUUGGGGCUGGACAUCAAUCAGCAAAGGGGCCAGCCCCAAGGCGUCUGCACAGUUUUAUACAUAUUGUUUGUGGUUAAAGUGAUUUGAAUUCGAAUUUUACAAUAAAAACGAGUGGGAACGCUCUUAUACCCAGAAAAGCAUCGAGAGAAAAGAGCAACCACGACUGCUAGUUA